GGGUAAGAAGGGCGCGCGCAGGGUAGCGGCCUGUUUCCGCGGCGGCUGCAGGGGUGAGGCCUCGGCCUGUCCGCGUCUCGCCCGCCCGCCCAGCUCCCGCCAGUCUUUUAGAGACAGCGCAGACAAGAACUUCAAGUGGCUUGGACUUGCAUGUCAGCAGAAUGGUUUAUUGUGUGCCACUAUUGCGGAUGUGGUGUUGCUGGUGAUGGGUGAGCCUGAAAAAACAGAGUUUGACUUGCACUUCACAGGUUCAUCUUUAGCCUGCUGUCCUGAAGACAAGAGGUUCUGGCUGGUCAGCAGUCUCUAUUAGCAAUUCAAGUCGAUUGGAGAAUGGAAGGUGUUGAGUUUAAGGAAGAAUGGCAAGAUGAAGAUUUUCCAAGGCCUCUGCCAGAGGAUGAUCCUGUUGAGUCAGAUAUAUUGGCUGCAGCUGGAACAGAAAAUGAAGCUGAGGUUAAUGGAACCAAAGUGAAAAAGAAACUAAUGGCUUCGGAUAUUAACAUAACUUUGGAUCGUAGUGAGGAAUCUGUUUUGUCUGAUGACUUGGAUGAGAGUGGAGAAAUUAAUUUGGAUGAUUUGGAUACUCCUUCAGAAAACAGCAAUGAGUUUGAAUGGGAAGAUGAUCUUCCAAAACCAAAAACUACUGAUGUAAUUAGGAAAGGAUCACUUACUGAAUACACUGCCACAGAGGAGAAAGAUGAUGGUCGACACUGGCGAACAUUUAGGAUUGGAGAACAGGACCAUAGGGUGGACAUGAAGGCAAUUGAACCAUAUAAAAAAGUUAUCAGUCAUGGUGGUUAUUAUGGUGAUGGGUUAAAUGCCAUUGUUGUAUUUGCUGUUUGCUUUAUGCCUGAAAGCAGCCAGCCUAACUACAGAUACCUAAUGGACAAUCUAUUUAAGUACGUAAUUGGCACUUUAGAGCUGUUAGUAGCAGAGAACUAUAUGAUUGUUUACCUGAAUGGUGCAACAACACGGAGAAAAAUGCCAGGUUUAGGCUGGCUUAGGAAAUGUUACCAGCAAAUUGACAGAAGGUUAAGAAAAAAUCUGAAGUCCUUAAUCAUAGUUCAUCCUUCUUGGUUCAUCAGAACACUUCUGGCCAUCACAAAGCCUUUUAUUAGCUCAAAAUUCAGCCAAAAAAUUAGGUAUGUCUUUACCCUGGCAGAACUAGCCGAGCUCAUCCCCAUGGAAUACGUUGGCAUCCCAGAAUGCAUAAAACAAGUUGACCAAGAGCUGAAUGGAAAGCAAGAACAGAAAAGUGAACAGUAAGUUUGGAGUGCAAACAAGACUGAAGAAUAUGCAGAUGGAAUGAUGCUACUUUCUCCAUUUACAAUGCAUUCUCUGUGUGUAUAUAUUAUAUAACCUGUUGCAAAAAGUGCUUAAUGUCUUUGGACUAGCACACAGUGGACUGCUUACUGCUGUAUUGAUUUGUCUUGACCUAAUAGCUAUGUUUAUAUAAUCAUUUUAUAUUGCUAAAUGUCAACCCUAUAUUUUCAGAGAAUGUUCUUGCAGUUGUUUAUCUAAAUGAUGCAUGUUCUUCAGUAAAAUAUUUAUAUACCUAAAUGUUAAAGGAAAGAGAUAAUAUAUAUUUUUAUGACUGAGCAAUAUAUCAUGUAUACCUGCUGAAGGAAUUUAUUUGCAGGUAGACAAGGCCAUAAGUUACUACUUCUUGUUGUUGUUAUUAUAUAAAUCUGUUUUGCUGUAAAUGGUCAAGUGCAUUUCUUGUCACAGAAAUGUUAAUUUGUUGGAAUAUUAACAUUCACAUAAUGUA